GGAAUUUUGGGCGGCGGCCAGCUCGGCCGCAUGAUGGUCGAGGCAGCCAGCCGGCUGAAUAUCAAGACAGUGAUUCUUGAGAACGGUGCAGAUUCACCGGCCAAGCAGAUCAAUUCCAGUACAGAACACAUCGACGGCUCCUUCAACGAUGAGGCGGCCAUCCGCAAGCUCGCGGAAAAAUGCAACGUGCUGACCGUCGAGAUUGAGCACGUUGAUGUUGAGGCCUUGAAGAAAGUGCAGGAGCAGACUUCCGUCAAGAUUUAUCCAUCUCCUGAGACCAUUGCUCUUAUCAAGGACAAAUACUUGCAAAAAGAGCAUCUGAUCAGAAACCAGAUCGCGGUUGCCGAGUCCACUGCUGUUGAAAGCACUUCAGGAGCCUUGCAAUCUGUGGGACAGAAGUAUGGAUACCCGUACAUGCUCAAGUCCAGAACGAUGGCUUAUGACGGUAGGGGUAACUUUGUUGUUGAGGACGAUUCCAAGAUCCCAGAGGCUUUGGAGGCCUUGAAGGACAGACCGUUAUAUGCUGAAAAAUGGGCUCCUUUCACCAAGGAGCUAGCAGUGAUGGUGGUUCGGGGUCUUGGCGGAGACGUCCAUGCCUACCCAACCGUAGAGACUAUUCACAAAAACAAUAUCUGCCACACAGUGUUUGCACCUGCGCGUGUCAAUGACACCAUACAGAAGCGCGCGCAACUCCUGGCAGAGAAGGCUGUGUCUGCAUUUUCGGGAGCAGGAAUUUUUGGUGUCGAAAUGUUCCUGCUUCCAAAUGACGAGUUGUUGAUCAACGAAAUUGCCCCUAGACCGCACAACUCUGGACAUUACACUAUCGACGCGUGCGUGACGAGCCAGUUUGAGGCCCACAUCCGUGCCGUUUGCAGUCUGCCGCUACCAAAGAACUUUACUUCUCUAUCCACACCAUCUACCCAUGCUAUCAUGCUAAACGUGUUGGGUAGCUCUAACCCAGAAGAAUGGUUGCAAAAGUGCAAGAGAGCGCUUGAAACCCCACACGCGUCGGUUUACCUGUACGGAAAAUCCAACAGACCGGGCCGGAAACUGGGUCACAUCAACAUUGUCUCCCAGUCCAUGGACGACUGCAUCCGUCGUCUAGAGUACAUAGACGGCCAAUCCGACACACUGAAAGAGCCUAAAGACAACAUACAUGUUGCAGGAACUAGCAGCAAACCGCUCGUCGGCGUGAUAAUGGGCUCAGACUCGGAUCUGCCUGUGAUGUCCGUUGGUUGCAAUAUUUUAAAGGCUUUUGGUGUUCCUUUCGAGGUUACCAUUGUGUCUGCCCACAGAACGCCUCAGAGAAUGGUCAAGUACGCUGCCGAAGCCCCAGAGAGGGGAAUACGGUGCAUCAUCGCUGGUGCUGGGGGAGCUGCCCAUCUACCAGGAAUGGUUGCUGCCAUGACUCCAUUGCCGGUCAUUGGUGUUCCCGUCAAGGGAUCGACUCUCGACGGAGUCGACUCGCUGUAUUCGAUAGUUCAGAUGCCAAGAGGAGUGCCUGUGGCCACUGUUGCCAUCAACAAUGCCACCAACGCUGCGCUUCUGGCCGUGCGUAUUCUUGGCUCGUCCGACCCCGUGUAUUUCAGCAAGAUGGCUAAAUACAUGAGCGAGAUGGAGAAUGAGGUUCUUGAAAAAGCUGAACGACUGGGCUCUGUUGGCUAUGAGGAAUACCUUAACAAAUAGAUAGAGGUUAAAUUAAUUCAAUUAC